UAAAUAUGUUUUCGCUCUGAAGAAAAAGAUUUUAAGCGAAUUAACCUUUCGACAAGUGACAAUCUGUUCCUGCCUGGGAAAAUAUUUCAACGAGGCUUGCGUUGUCCCAGAUAAGAAGUUGAAGUUUCACAAGGAAUUUUCGAGUUUCUUUAUGGCUUCGUUGCACGUAAUAACAAAAAGCAUAGCCUAGACAGAGAGCGAAACUCUUUCCAAACUGCACUUCAAAUUUGAGUUCGAACACCCUCAUUUUAUUUGAUGUAUUUUCUCUACUGGCUUUAUCACUUUUCUUUUAGGUAAUAGGAGACAAAAAAGGGGGACGAACUUCGCUGCUUAUAAGCCGAGACCCAAGCAGUAUCAAGCAGUUAGAAGAAAUCGCUAAAAACGUAGGAGUGCCAAUGAAAUUCAUACACAUUGUCAGGAACCCAUUUGAUAACAUCGCUACCAUGGUACUUCGCGGUGCAGGCGAGCGUGAUAAUGUUAGGGAAGAAGGAGCAAAAAUGAACGGAUCAGUGAUUUUGGAGGAUUGGAUCGAGCUCUACUUCAACCUUACAAAGGCUAGCCAGCGCGUCAGAGAAAGGUUUGGGGAUGCAGUUAUCGAUAUUCCAGGACAUGAAACAAUACUCAGACCGAAAGAAACACUACAAAAAUUAUGUGACCAUUUAGGUGUGACAUGUUCAGAGGAAUACAUAGAAAAAUGCAGUAAGAUCUUGUAUGGAGCUCCUUCCGUCACAAGAAAUAAAAUUGUUUGGACUGAAGAACAAAAACAGCGGGUCACCGAGCAGAUGAAAAAAUAUCCGUUUCUGAAAGACUUUUCCUUUGACGAUUUCCUAUCUUAAAUUCACAGGUAGCAGCCGCUGGAACGAUUUUCAAUUUUGCGUUUAAAAUGAGGUUUCAUCGGGUUUGCAUUUCUACC